UACAAAAUAUUGAAAAAAAAAAAUGACAAAAAAUGGUGUUUCUGUUUGCUGCUAUAUCUUGUUGAUAAACAGCAGUGAAUUUAAAAAAAAAAUUGUACGUUUGUUAACAAAAUGGUAAAUCAUUUAAAUUACACAAUGAUUUUGAAAACCUGUGGAAUAAGCUAUGUAAAAAAAUAAAAUGGAGUAAUAACGGAAAUUUAGUAAAUCUUUAAUUUCACGACAUAUUUUUAUUACACUGAAGAAAUACUGUUGUUUUUCAUAUCUAAGACUGGCAGCGACCAAGUAGUAUAAGAUGUUUAAUCAAGAAACGUUUAGGUUACUGUUCCUUAAAAAUGUCGUGCUAACAGGUGCUGACUCUUCAGCACUAGGGAGCAUUAUCUCGUUUAUAUAAUCUGUUCACAGCUUUCUUAAUUAUACCGAUAAAAAGUUUUUUUGUACAUUGUUGUAGGAAAAAUGCGGUAAAAAGACUAUUUUUAAAUAUAUUUUUUCAAAUUUAAGUGUUUCUUUUAAACAAUUCUGAAAAAUAAUAAAGAAUAUCUCCAUGGCCACAAUGCGUGGCGACGCGAAAAACAAAAUGAAAAAUUUUUCAGGCAUUUCUUCUACAUUAUAUGCCGCAAAACAACUCUUCCAAGGAACUCCUAGUCAACCUUUCAAAGAAGCACAUGCGAUUCAAACUUUUUUGUCUCCAUUCCAACGAAUUUUACGUAGUGCUUUAAAAAAACUUUUAACUGCUGUCUCUAUACGAAAGUAUCGUGUUUUACACGAUGAAAUCCUUGACAAAAUUAGCUUCUUAUCAAAUCUGAUGACGGAAGUAGCCGAGACGCAAGACUGUGAAGGCAACACAACCAAACACCGCAUACAAUCACAUUUGUUACUUUUACAAAAUAACAACAAAUUUUUUAUACCUUUUCGUGACGCGUGUUUAACGCGUUCUGUCAAAAUACUUGUUGUGGCGCUUGAUGGUCUUCAAGUACUUUUAUCUUGUGGAUUUUUUUCUUCUUACAGCGACUAUCAAUAUGCAAUAGAUAUCAAUUGUAUGGAAAAAAAAAAUGACACGGAAUUCACGCACAAGUGUCAAUCGGGUGUUAUGGAAGACGUCCUUGAAUUAAUAAUAAAUCUUUCGGAACUCAGUGACGAUUCUGUGCAACUAAAAGUGUUAAGGUGCUUUUUAACAAUGCUUACCGCGACUUGCUGCACUCGUCUUCAAGGAGAUACGCUACUGCGUGCUAUCCAAGGGGUUUUUACUUUGUACAGUAAUAUCAAAAGUGAUCAGAAUCAAAGAACGGCGGAAGCGGCUUUGACACAAAUUAUCAAUACCCUUAUGUUUAAUACGAAGAAAACCAAAGUUGGCUUGGCAGAAAAUUAUCUAAAUAAUUUUUCAUUUGUUUCUCAUGAUUUUCCGCAUCUCGGUAGAGAAAGUGAUGCGAAAUAUUCAGUUUCCGAAGAUGCUAUGAUGAAUUCCGAUUGGAUUGUCUCAUCUUCAAAUAUUAAAGGAAAAGAGAUCUUACUCUUACGCGAAAAAAGACAAUUACAAAGGCGGAAAACAUUUUGCUGCCGUUUCAUUGAUUCUUCAAAAAAGAAUGCUAAUAAACGCUUUCAUAGUGAACCACAUAGGCCAAGUCGCUUCCAUACUUUACCAGCGUCUGUGAUAGAUAACUCCUUGCACAAGAAACUCAAUUCUUCGGAAACGCUAAGUCUUCCGUGUAGUGUGUUUGAGAUGGGAGACUGUGAUUUUUUCAAAAAUAAUAAUGAAAUGGCUCAAACAUCGAUUCAAGACCAAACCUCAAUUCUCUGUUAUUUAUGUUCGUUAACUACCAAAGAAGAGAGUGGAGACUUUGGAGAUGACUACCUUUCGUUUAAGGUUAAGAAAUUAGCCUUAGAAUUACUCUUGUCUCUUAUUCAGAGUGAAUGUGUCUUGUACAAAAAUACACCCGCUAUUAUGAAUUUUAUUCAACAUGUACUCUUUCUUUCAAUUGUUCGUAAUUCUUUAUCUCCUAUCGCAAAAAUUUUCGAGGUUUCUCUUUCAUUGUUUGUAACUCUAUUUACUCAUUUUAAGGAUCAAUUAAAUUUUGAAAUACUAAUUUUUGUGCAAUAUAUUUUGCUUUAUUUCUUGGAGAGUGAGUUUUGCUCAUUUGAACACAAACAGAAAGUUCUUCAGGUGUUACAUACAUUGAUGAAAGAUUUCCGUUUUUCAGUAGAAGUUUAUGUUAAUUUUGAUUGCAACGUUAAGAAACCUUUUCUGUUAUCGCGUAUUGUGGAACAUCUCAGUAGUUUAGCUCAUAUCAAUGCUAGCGUGGAUAGCUACGUCGCAUCUUUUACGCAGACGCAACAAAAUAUUCUUUCUCAAUUAUCUCUAGAAACCUUAACAAUAUUUUUAGAAAGUUUAUUUGAAUGGGUGGCAAAAUGCUUUAAACAAAAACAAAUUGACUGUCAUUUUUUUCAAAAUAUUAACACAAUUCAAGACAUGGAGAAAGGAAAAAAAAAUUUAAGCGUGUUUUGUAGCCCAAGUGAACCAAUGAAUGAUGCACUAUCAAGUUUUAAAAGUUUAGUCGAAACACAGAACCCAUGCGUUCGUCAUUACGAUCAAUGCGUGGAAACGAGCUUGCUUCAAGAUUGCUCCUUGUGUACAAAUGAGCGUUUCGUUAUGAUUCGUCAAAACCGUGAAAGAAAAAAACAACUCAGAAAACUUAUUGAUGUUUUUAAUAGUAACCCUACAAAAGGAGUAGAUCUUUUAGUAGAGAAUAAUUUUGUUAAGAGAAAUUCACUUCAUGUGGCUUUAUUUUUUCUUCAUAUAACUGGUUUAAGCAAAGAGUCGAUUGGAAAUUAUUUAGGAGGUGAUAAGCCAUUUAAUCUUGAUGUUUUACAUGCCUUUGUUAAUCAGCUACAAUUUCAAGGCAUGGAAAUAGAUACAGCUUUGCGCAAAUUUCUUUCGUUGUUUCGUUUGCCUGGUGAAGCUCAAAAGAUAGAUCGUAUGAUGGAAUCGUUCGCGGCUAAAUACGUUCAAGAAAAUCCUGACAAAUUCGAAAAUGCUGAUUGUGCGUAUGUGUUAGCAUUUUCUUUAGUAAUGUUGCAUACCGACGCACAUGCGCGAAGUAUUCGUCCUGAAAAUAAAAUGACAGUGGAUAUGUUCAUAAAAAACAAUCGUGGAAUAAAUAACAAUUCCGAUCUACCAGCAGAAUACCUUGCAUUUUUAUACCAUAGAGUUGUAGAAGAGGAGUGGACGCUUGAAAACACAACGGCAACUAAUACUCAAUUUUCGGAAAUAAAAAAUAAUUCUCCCCAAGCAAUACCUGGAUUUUCCAUGUUUUCUCUUCAAGAUUCACAACAACUUUUUAUAAGUGGCGUUGCAACUGCCUUAGGCUUUUCAAACGGGAAAAAGAAAAGUGGAAUUUUUCGUAAGCAAACAAAAUUUCUUACCGAUGUAGUUCUUGGAUAUUUGAGUCAUGUCUCACAAGACCAGUUACAUUCGGAUACAUGCCUCAGAAAAAGUUCUAAGAAUAAUCAGGAAAAAAUCAAUCAGGAUAUCUCACAAACGUCUUUUUGUGACACGGAUGAACUGACAUUACAAUUGUUUAAAGAUACCAUAAACGAUUUUGUUCACGUCGAUGAUGAUCUUGUUUGUCUAGUUCAAUGUCUUUUUCAAUCUAUUUCAUCGUUUUUACACAAAGCAUUCUCACGUACGUGGCAACGCACACAAGAGAACAAGUCCUUGGGUAUAACUGUUUUUUUUAGUAAUACUACGCAAUCCAAAGAAGACUGA